UGUGACAGUAAGAAAAUGGCAAAUGUAAACGAACUAUUCUCCUCUGUGUUGUUUCUUAUUUUUUCUGUUUCUCAGUCUGUUAAAUACGAGCCAACAUGGAAUUCUUUAGAUUCAAGACCACUGCCAUCAUGGUAUGAUGAGGCAAAACUCGGCAUUUUUAUUCACUGGGGUGUCUUUUCUGUUCCCAGUUUUACUUCGGAAUGGUUCUGGUACUAUUGGAGAGGACCCAAACCACAGAAGUCAGCUGUUGAUUUCAUGAAGAAUAAUUUCAGGCCAGACUUUACUUAUGCCGACUUUGCAUCACAGUUCACUACUGAAUUUUAUAACCCUGACGAAUGGGCAGAUAUUUUUGCCGCAUCUGGUGCGAAAUAUAUUGUUUUGACAAGUAAACAUCAUGAGGGAUUUACCAACUGGCCAUCAAGUUACUCUUUUAACUGGAAUUCAAAUGCUUCUGGUCCAAGCAGAGAUCUUGUUGGUGAAUUAGCAAGUGCUAUCAGAAGCAGGACUCAUAUUAGAUUUGGCCUGUACCAUUCUCUAUUUGAAUGGUUUAAUCCUUUAUACCUCCAAGAUAAAGAGGCAAACUUUACAACACAGAAUUUUGUUAAGCACAAGACCAUUCCAGAACUGUAUGAAAUUGUCAACAAAUACAAACCAGAAGUUGUGUGGUCUGAUGGAGAUGCUGGACCUGAUACAUACUGGACAUCAAAGGAAUUCUUAACUUGGUUGUAUAAUGAGAGCCCAGUUAAAGACACUGUAGUUACCAAUGAUAGAUGGGGUAAAGGUUGUGCAUGUAAACAUGGGGGAUAUUACACCUGUCAAGACAGAUAUAAUCCAGGUACAAAACAGAAUCAUAAAUGGGAAAAUUGUAUGACUAUAGAUCGACAGUCAUGGGGUUACAGAAGAAACACAAAUCUUAAUCAGUUCCUCAGUGUCCAUGAAAUAAUAUCUACUCUAGCUUCUACUGUAAGCUGUGGAGGUAACAUGCUAAUGAAUGUGGGUCCAACAAAGGAAGGAAAAAUAAUACCAUUGUUUGAAGAGAGACUGAGAGAUUUAGGGAAGUGGUUGAAUGUUAAUGGAGAGGGUAUAUACAGCACUGUACCAUGGAGUCACCAGAAUGACACUGUUACUAAGAAUGUUUGGUAUACCAUGAAGAACUCAGGAAAUAGUAAAGUUGUAUAUGCUAUACUUUUAUCCUACCCAGAAGAUACUGUCCUAAAGUUAGGAGCACCUAUCCCAUCACAGACCACAGAAGUUACCAUGCUGGGAUAUCCUAACAAUUUUAAAUGGAUCUCAGGACCAGGAGGUCAAGGACUUUACAUAACUAUCCCUACGAUCUCUUGGAAUAUGCUGCCUUGUCAAUGGGCUUGGGUGCUGAAAAUUACAGGGUUGGGAAACUAAUAUCUAGCUCAAGUAGAUCUCAAAUUCAAGUGCAAUGAUUGACUUACUUUUUCUGCAAUUGUAACUGAAAUCAUAUCAGAGGACUUUAAAUCUUUAAUCACAGUCAUCUGGUGUGGUUUACACAGUUUUAAAGAAUAAUAGAAAAAAUACAAUGUGAGCCUGAUCUGCUGUUUAAUGCAUUAAGGAGACCUGUUUUAUUCUGAAAAUCAUUGACCACAAUCUUCAACCCAAAUAAUUUUAAGUGCAUAUGGGUUGAGACAUACAACUUAAAAAUAAAUUAGAUUGGUUAGUUCAACUUGCCAAUGUUGUUUGGAGUCCAAAAUCAAUAUCUGAAUUAGACAAAAUCAGACAAAAUUAUAUCUUUUUUCCAAAUGCUCAACUAGAUGUCACAGUGACAUCAUCACGUAUGAAAUGUACCAGAACUUGUUGAUUUUGUAUUUGAGGUAUUUCUAAAUAAUUUUUUGCCAAUUGCAUAUUGUAAUAAGGUAAUUUAACUAGAUUUUUUGAAGUUUGAGGGAUAAUAUUUACCGGUAAUUAAUUUAUUCUUACAAAAAAUGUGGUCUAUUUGCUUAUUUUGAAUAUGAACACUCAUUUGUGUAUUAUGGAUACAUAUUUAAAAAGAAUCUCAUAUAAAAAUAAGGAGAUGUGGUAUGAUUGCCAAUGAGACAUGUUCAUUUACUUCUCCAAGGGGAAAUUAUUUAAUGAAAUGGUCUUUUUGUACAUAAGCAGAUAGUUAUAUGGAUGGUGAUUACCAAAUUUGUGGUUUUGUUGAACUUUCAGGUGGAAAUUAAUUCAAAAACUAGAACAAUGUUAUUUAAGAAGAUAUUAUAAUGUUUACUACUGUAAAUUCAGAAAUUAUUGCGAUGUUUUUAUUAUCGCGAAAAAUGCGACAGGGUUAUAAUCGCAAUAAUUUAAACUCGCAUUUUGAAAUUCUUUAUAUGAAUUAAACAGGAUUUUUCUCAAUAUCGCCAAAAUUAAAAUCGCAUUUUAGUCUAAAAUGGCAAAAUCGCAAUAAUAAAUGCACGCAAUAAUUUCUGAAUUUACAGUAUUUCUAUUGGGAAUUUGGUUAUGAUUAAAAAUUUAAAGUGUAUGCAUGCCUCCAAUGAACUCAUGCCUGCCAAGUUUUUUAAAAUUGCCAUAGGGGAUUUUAAGCGCAAGAGGACCUAAUGCUCCUCUUAUAUUAUUAUAAAUGUUCUAAAUCUACUACUAAAUUGUUUGAAUGAGUAUAUAUGUGCUUAAAUACCCUUUUAACUCAUUUGAAUGCCUGUUUUGAGGUCUUCAGUUUAUAUAAUAAAAAAUUUCAAAAUUCAAGUCAACAUCUCUCAUGGGUGAUAUCCCCUUAAAUCGGGAUAGUUGGCAGGUCUGUGAACUUAGUUUUAUACAGAUGCUAUUGGAAAUGUAUGUUAGGGCUAUAAUCAUCAUCAUGUGUACUACCAGGUGAGCAAUACUGUUAUACAGAGAUUACUUUGAGCCUCCAGUUCUGAGUGCAUGUAUGUGAUUCUUUCAGAAUUUUCUUACAAGCAGUGUAAUACCAAGGACAGUUUUACUUUUUUUUAGUACAUUUAUGUGUUUUUCCGUCCUUUUUUUUAACUUUGAGGAGAACUAUGAAAAUUACCUGUUUAUGUAGUGUUUUAUCAAGACUGAAAAUAUGAAUAUGAUAUGAAAUAGUAGCACUGUUUAAAUUGUCAUAAGAGACAAAAUUAUGUAAAUUUUGAUUACCCAGCUUUUUAAAAAUGCCUGAAAACAUGAGAAUCUCUUAAUAAAAUAUUUUGAAAGUACGGUUGUAGGUAACAGUUUCACAUUCCAUUUAUUUUCUAUCUAUGCAUUGUUUGAUAUGAAUUGUUAUAUGGUUCUAGUUUGAUAUAUUUUAUUUACUUUUCUCUUUGUAAACUUUUGAUACAAAAUAAAUGAAGUGAAACCUUG